UCGGCAUAGUUCUGUUAUCGCUGGAUGUUGCGCUUGCUCGGCGUCGGGUUGCUCUUCCACCGACCCGGGUAGCGGUCGGCACAAGCGAGUUCAGACGGCGUCAAACUUUGAUCGUGGAGCCGUUGAUGGAAUUGAAAGUGCACGGUCCAACAGCGUGCCUCGGAGCCUGUCUUCAAACGGAGAACUGUCGCGCCUUCAACUACGGGGCCUCGCUGUGCCAGCUACUGGACCGUGAUCUCUGUAACGAAACAGGCCUUCACCUGACGGAAAACAAACACAUGAGCUACUACGACCUUCAACCUAGCGUAAAGUAUGAGCACGACGGAAUACUGUUUCCCACGCCAUACUGUAGGGAGGCUGGAUUCUGCUCCCCGCGCUGUGAAGAAAUUAUCUACGAACCUUACUUGGGCCAACCAUGUGAAAAGAACUUUGAAUGCCAAAUGAGAGCUGGGCCGAACUCUGUCUGCCGUAUCAAGCCUGGACUGUGCAAGUGCGCUCCGGGGUACUACAUCGAAGAUAACACCACGUGUGUUGCCCUACCUUCGAGCGGGUACUCCUUGUAUACCAACCUAAAAGGCGAUGGGCUGUACUACAAGUUGUCGGAGACAUCGCACAAUUUCACCGAAGCGCUUCAGGUAUGCGAAGAAGUGGACGGAGGUUUCCUUGCACGCAUCGAUGAGGGCGACGUCAACCGAUUCUUGCGUGAAGUCAUGCGAGUGGCCAAAGUUCGCAAUGCCUACAUUGGUCUAACCGACGUUGAACAGGAAGGCGUGUGGCGAUGGCUCAAUGGCGACCGUCUGAAGACAAAACAGUUCUGGAAGCCUGGAGCACCGGACAACCACAACGACCUGGAACACUGCGCACAGCUGGGCAACGAGAUAGACUUCGGAUGGGACGACGUCAACUGUGCUACCGUUUCAAAAUACCUCUGCCAGUUUCCCAAAGGAAACUGAAUGCGUAUAAGCCCUUGUGUUAAGAAACAAGGAGCACUCGAGAAACGCAAUAAAACAUUUGUGCCGACUGUCAUAAUGACUCGCGCAGCGCAGAAAACAAC